CUUAAUUAUGCCUAUAUCAAUUUUGAAUCUGAUAAGGACCUAGCCGCCGCAGCAAAAACCGAAUAUUCAUAUGAGGGUAAUGUACUCUAUUGGUGUGCUGACAAUGCAAAGACCUGUCACAUUUGUGGCAACCCUGAUCAUAUGGCAGCGGGAACAGCCCAUGGUGGUUCUAUGCAUGAACCCAAUAACAACCAUGUCUCAGCAGAACACAUAAAGAUGCUUAAAAAAUUACAAAAUUCUUUUGAAGAAUUAAAAAAAGAUUUUGCCAUCCAAGCUGAAGUUAUUUCAAAUUUUGAUAAAAAACUAUCAAUCAGAAAUAAUUACUUAAAAACUUUGACAGAAAACAAAAUGACACUUAUCGAAAAUCAAGAUUCUUCAACUCAAGCAUCAAACUCAUUGGUUACAGCAAAUAACCAAAAACGUACACAUACUGAUGUGGAGUAUUCCUCAUCAGAUGAGAUCGAUCGCGAAGAAAUCAAGAAAGCCAAAGAGGCAUCAGAUUGGAUCAAAAAGAAAGGAGAACCUACUCUCAAUUCUAUUAGUGCUCAAUUAUCAAGUCUUGUUCACCAUUUUCUUUCAGGAGGAGGACCUUCAGAAAAUGAUGAAAUAUUCAUUGAUGAAGAAGAAAAUGAACAGAUGGAAGAGGAAGAUACCCCUAACAUACAAGGCCUAAAUUCCCAAACAAAGCAACUACAAAUCUUAGACAUGAUGCAAAUAGAACAUGUUGAUAUAUUAGGCCUCUCAGAAACUAAAUUAAACAAGGCACAAUCAAAGAUUAUUUAUAAAAAUAAUGAACAAUUCACAGCAUACUUUAACAAUGAUUCAAUAGCUCCUUUGGGAUCGGGUGUUGGAAUAAUCUUAUCAAAAGAAUAUUCUUGUUAUGUAAAUACUUACAAAGGAUACAAAGGCAGAAUCAUUCAUGUUGACCUGUUUAUGAAAGGUCGUGAAAAAUUAAGGAUAAUUCAAGUUUACUUACAUGCCAACUUUACAGAUUUUAAUGUAAGUUAUGAGAAAUACAUAGAAGGAUAUCGUAGAAAAGGUAAUUACCAUUGGUCACAAGAUAUCUACCACAAAUUGGAGAACCGUUUCAGAUUAAAGGACACUAUUCAAUUAUACCAUGAUAUUACUCCAACAAAUCCAUAUCAUACAUUCAUUCCCAAACAAAGUUCAUCUUCACCAACACGCAUUGACGCAAUUUGGAUCUCAAGAAAUUUGGUGCUUGAAACGAUCAAUAGCAAUAACUACGAAAAUGAGUUGAUCAAUACUGAUCACUAUGCAGUUUUUGUUAGUUUUUUCACUCAUAACAUUUUUAAUAGAAAAUCUUACGCUACAUUGAAAAGACAAAAUUUAAAAAAAAGAGUUUUCACUUAUGACAAAAUGACCACAGAAAAAUGGGAAAAAUACACUCAAGAUACUGACAAACAACAUGAUGCAUUAGGGAUGUCUUCAAUGACAAUAAAUGAAAUAUCAGAUCUAAAUUACCAUUGGACUACCAUUCAAAAAAUAAUAAUGGACACAGCUACUACAACAAUAGAUAACCACAUGACAACAUCGCAACACAAAAAUGAACUACCACCGGUAGCAUUCUAUCAUGGAUCUUUUAUCCAACAAAGAAUUCAUUACUCUAUUAAUAUCAUUGUUCAACAACAACAACAAGAUAACUUGUUGAUAAGGUUCAUUGAAGAUGGACCCUUAUUAACUCAACUUUUAAACCUCCAACAAACAUUACAACACUCCAAUAAUUUAGAAUUCUACACUGAUGGUUCUUUGGUUGGAUUGGGAACUAUACAAAUGUCAAUGAGCUUCGCAAUACUACAAACAGCAUUGAAUGCUCCUCAAAUAUCUUUCUCUGCUACAAUAGAAAAUUGGCCGUCAUCAACACGUGCUGAAGUAGCAGCAAUUAUCAUAGCAUUAUUAAUUUCUCCAAAGAACUCACAAAUUACUAUUUUCACAGACAGCAAAGCUUCUAUCCAACAUUUUAAUACACUACAAAAUUCCAAGUACCCAUUGAUGCCAAGGAAUAUAUUUAAAGAAGCUUCAAACAGUUUAUUAUGGACAAUUCUUAACGACGUUGUCAACAUUAAUAAUAUUAGUCUAAAUUUCGUUAAAGUAAAGGGUCACAGUGGUAACCAUUUUAAUGACAAAGUGGAUGAAUUAGCCAGAUUGACACAUGGUUAUGAUUCAUUACCAAUAGCUUUCAUUCCAGACAAUUUAUUCUCAAUCUCAUAUAUUCCACGUUGGAACAAUAUAAUUGUAGAAAAGCAUUUACGACAUUUUAUUACAGAUUUAUCGAAAAAUCGUGGUUUUGAACAAUUUAUUAACUUACACAGAAACAACAAAUAUCGUGAAGUAGAUGUAGAUUGGUGCUCCUCAUUUGCUGCAUUAAACGAUGAUGAAUUAUCAACAAAUACAUCAUUCAAGGCGAGUCAUAUUAAAAUUAGAAGGAUCAAAUAUCUAACUAAAGAAUUACCUACAGUGGAGCAUGUUAAAAAAAGACGCCCUGACUUAUAUAAACAUUGGAAUUGUCCAAUGUGUUGUGAUGAAAUAGAAACUUUUGAACAUGUAUGGGAAUGCAAAAGUCAUAAAAAUAUUAUAGAGUCAAUUAUCUUUAACAACAAAAAACGUUUAGUUAAAUUGAUUAAAAUGUUUACAAACAACAAACAAUUUUCAACAAGAGAUCUUCAAAAUAAAUCCAUAUGGAAAAUUAAUAGCAAUGAAGAUGAUUUUAACUUUAUUGACUUAAUCAAAGGAUUGGCACCUUUAUCAUUGGCCAAUAUUAUUAACAACUCUUCAAAAAAUAAAAAUAUAACACAAAAAAUUAUUUCUGUUUUCUUAAAUAAUAUUUUUCUAGAUAUAGAACAAUUUAUAUGGUCACCUCGUUGUGACCAAUUUAUUUUAGAAGAAGAACAUGCUGCUUCUGGUCAAGAGGGAGUUCGUAAAUCUAUAAUAUUAGGGGAGGAAUGGUUACAACAUUAUUCAAGGUCUUUAAUAGAUUAG